CGCUGUGACGUCACCGGACCCCCCCUCCCCGGUCAUGUGCUGCUCUGUAAUCUGUUUUAUACAUCUUUAAAUUUAUACAUUCAGAAACGUUUGGGCACACCCGAAUCUUCUUUAGACAGCAUCGAGAUGAGCAUAUUGUCUUAUUUGUGAAAAAAAUGGAGAAUUCAGAGACCAGUCCAUCACCAAAGCCCCUUGCGGCGCCGGACAUGGGCAUGUUGAGACCCUCCAGCUCCUCGGAUCCGCAGUCAGAAUCAGCCAGAGCCUCCAAGCACAGGGAGCACGCAUCCAAGUCACCAAGGAGACGGCGGGAGGGGAAGAGGUCGCAGCGCCGGGGGGAUGGUCAUGAACAGCUGCUGUGGGAGAUGGAGCGACGAAGGUUGCCAGGCCAACAUGAGCAUUUGGAGCCCUCUGGUUCGUCGUGUGACACAGCGGAAAGUUCUCCUAAAAGAAGAGCCCACUUCCUACAUGGACCAUAUCCAGCCACUCACUUCGGACCCAAAGCCUGUAUUCUUCCCAAUCCGACUUCUGUCAUGCACAUCCAGGACCCUGCCAGCCAGAGGCUCACUUGGAACAAACCUCCAGUUAAUGUUCUUGUCAUCAGGAAAAUCAGAGAUGAGAGCCUGGUCGAGCCUUUCAAAGAACUCUGCAGGUUUCUAGUAGAGGAGAAACAGAUGAUGGUGUAUGUGGAGCGCCGGGUCGCAGAUGAUGCCACGCUGUCAAAGGAUGAGACUUUUGGCUCCAUUCGCAAUCAACUCUGCACCUUCAGAGAGGGUUACGAUGAUAUCUCCGACUGUAUCGACCUCAUCAUCUGUCUGGGGGGAGAUGGGACUCUGCUCUACGCCUCCUCUCUCUUCCAGGGCAGCGUCCCACCAGUUAUGGCGUUCCAUCUCGGUUCUCUGGGUUUUCUGACGCCCUUCAAGUUUGAAUCGUACAAGACUGAAGUGGCCAAAGUGUUUGAAGGCAACGCAGCCAUCACCCUGCGCAGCCGUCUGAAGGUGAAGGUGGUGAAGGACAUGCUGCAGAGAACUGGACAGCAGCCACACGGCAGAGAGCUGCAGCAACAGCUGGAGCACAACGGACUUCUUCCUCACGGACACACCAACAGUGAAGCUGGCAAGGUUACCCUGCAGCUACAGGUGUUGAAUGAGGUAGUGGUGGAUCGAGGCCCGUCCUCAUACCUGUCCAACGUGGACUUGUACCUUGAUGGACGGCUCAUCACUUCAGUGCAGGGAGACGGCGUUAUUGUGUCCACGCCAACUGGCAGCACCGCGUAUGCAGCCGCAGCAGGAGCCUCGAUGAUCCACCCUAACGUUCCUGCCAUCAUGGUCACACCCAUAUGUCCUCACUCGCUCUCCUUCAGGCCCAUCGUGGUUCCUGCUGGAGUGGAGCUCAUGAUCACCCUGUCUCCUGACGCGAGGAACACUGCAUGGGUGUCAUUUGACGGGAGGAGGAGACAGGAGAUCCAGCACGGAGACUGCAUUAAAAUUACAACGUCUUGCUAUCCUGUGCCAUCCAUCUGUUGCCAUGACCUUGUGUACGACUGGUUUGAGAGUCUGGCUCAGUGUUUGCACUGGAACGUACGCAAGAGGCAGGCUCGGCUCGCGGACAUGUCUGACUCGUCGGACACAGAAAACUGAGGUGCUGUGCUUUUCCCCCCAAAAGACGUUCUCCGUGGCUGCCCGAGGGAUCAGGUUUGUUCAGAGAGGAGUUGAGGGAACAUUGGACUGUGAUAGGGCACUUGUGUUUUCAGCCACAUCAGUGUUACAGUGGUUCUGUGGAAAGCAUGUCUGAAGAUGUCAGUACGUUACACACCGACUGAAUCCAGCAGGAAAGCAUGAUUAUCACCCAGAAAUGAAAAAAAAAAAAAAGGUUCUAUGAUAAUGCAAACUGUUAAAUGAUCACAGCUUAAAGAUCCUCAGAUAUUUUCUGUUAACACCUGCAUUUUGACUAGUUUACGAUCAUAUCAAGUGGAAAAGGUGUACCUGUGACAGGGAUUAGUUUGGUAAAAAUUAUAGGCAAAAACACUGAUAAAGCUGAAAGUAAGCAGACCGAACCGUUUCUUCUCUGCCCAAAAAAUGUAAAUGUGUACAUAAAGGAUACAAGGAUAAAUUUAUUUAGUCGUAUUUAUGUGAUAUUUAUAUAUUUUCAAGAUAUCAGUUACAAAUAAUUGUAAUAAUUGACUAACUUCAUUUCUAUUGCUGAGUCAAUCAACAGCAGCUGUAAGCAGCUGUUUUCUGCGCAUGUGUUGAAUAAUCCAGAGCCUUUGUUCUGCUCGUAGUGUAGCUUCACUUGCCUUCAAAAUGUCUUGAGCUCAUUUCAGGUUGCAUGUAGCAGAAAUGAAGCAGAGAAUCAUAAACAAGCGGUGUCAAAUUUCACAAUCUGUCAAAGGAUGUUGGAGAAAGGCAGUUAUUUCAAAAUAAAGCAUAAAAGCUUUACAUCUGGCUUUUGUUGAUCUUUGUGUGGAAUUGUUCUCAGACUGACUUCAAGGUGUACACUAUGUUUAAUUAAGUUUAGAAAUGUGCAGUUCAGGAAUAUGUAGUAGAUAAUACUUUUUAGCAUCGACAUAAUAUGGCAACUUAAC